AUAUAUUCACCACACAAAUGAUAACGGAUGGAUCCAGCGAUAGUUUGGUGCAAAGAACGAAGCGACGUUUAUAGAUGCAGCCAUGGAAAAGAGAAGAAGAGAUGAAGAAAGGUGUGAAGGAACAACCAAGGACAAACAAUUUCAUGAAGACGGUGUGUCUUUUCAAGGAAGACAUGAGUACAAGGCAGACUAUGCAAAUGUGCAGGAAACUUUCUCCAAAGGACCCAUAGAGGCAAACGGUGUGAAAUAUGAGGGGGACCUUGUGAACAAUGUGCCAACGGGCCAUGGCACCUUAGCAUGGAGAGAUGGCAGCACAUAUACGGGGGAAGUCCUCAGAGGUAUAAGACACGGACUGGGAACCUACCAAUGCGCCAAAGAGGGCGUGUCUUACACAGGACAGUGGCAUCACGGAAAGAGGCACGGGAAGGGCACCGUUUUUUAUAACAAGGACAGAACCUCAUGGUACAAAGGUGACUGGGUGAUGAACAGGAUAGAGGGAUGGGGACAGAGGCGCUAUCCCUCUGGGAACACGUACACUGGUGAGUGGAGGAACAAUCUGAAACAUGGAGAGGGCAGGAUGAUCUGGAUAACGCUGGGACAGGAGUAUGCUGGGAACUGGCAAAAUGGAGUACAGAAUGGGUAUGGCACACAAACCUGGUUGGUGAAUGCAAAAGAAGGAGCGGAAUAUGUUAGGGACAACCAGUACGAGGGGGAUUUCCUUGAAGGUCGAAGGCAGGGAAAAGGAACCUUUUACUAUGCUGGUGGUGCCAUCUACACUGGAGAAUGGAGGAAUGAUAAAAAGCAUGGAAAGGGAAAACUCACAACAAAGAUGGAGCGUGUAUUUGAGUGUGAGUUUGAUGACGAUGUGAUGAUAGCCUGCUUGGAUGAAAACGGAGCUCCACCAGCUUUCGGUGGCUUUCCUCUGUUAGAUUAUGACCCAUCCAUCCCAGUUUCUGACAUGGAUGUAAACAUUGACUGUAUCUUGAAGAAGAUCCCAAACAGAGACAGUAAAACUGAGAGUGAACUGGUGAGGGUUGUGUUGCUGGAGAAACGCACGGAGCUAAAGCAUAUUUAUAGAUUCUAUGCCAGACUUGGCCAUUCCAGUCCUCCUGACGACUUCGUCCUGAUGUCCUGCCUGCAGUUCUGGCGCUUCCUUAAGGACUGCAAUAUCCACCAUCAUGGUUUUACUCUGAAACAGAUAGACAGCUUCAUCAGAGAAGAAGAAGGUUUAGCAGAGACUUGUUCUCCUUUCACAACCAUGCAGCUUUGGAAGUUUCUCAAGUGGCUAGUGCUUGUGUCCUACUACAUCUAUGGGAAAGAUCUACUGUCCAAAAAGCACCGUUUGAGAGAUUGUAUAUCCAAAAUGCUGAUGGACGACGUCCUUCCAAAUGCGAUGAACGUAAAAGGUUUGCUGUUCCGGCAGCCAGAACUAACAGUGGAGGCUCUGAAAUAUGCAAACAGGUGCUGGGAAAUCUUUGAGAAAUUCUGCAGGAUCUACUCAGCCCCCGGAGCCAACAAAUCCAUGACCUGCAGACAGCUGCUGAGGAUGUUCAAGGAUCUCAGGCUGUAUGAUCACCAGCUGACCACAACAAAAUUACUAGAGCUCAUUUCUGCAGAGAACCCUGACUGCUCCAGCCAGUUUCAACAUUUUGAAUUCGAGGUUGUGUUCCUGGAAUUUUUUGAGGUUCUUUUGGGCUGUGCAGAAUUAAAGUCUCAGCAGGGUUCUGAUACCCCGGGGCAGUGCCAGGACCAGAAUACCUCUAAGUGCCCCAAUGAAGAGAAAUCGCCUGGGAAAGAAGAGGAUAGUACAAAUAAAUACUCCCUUGGGGAAAUGAGGAGUGAUGAAUUAAAAAUUGAGGAGGUGAAGAAACUACAGCUUACAGAGAACUUCAAGGAGCAGGAUGAUUUGAAAACAAAUGAAACAGGGGCCAAAGAACAUCAAGUAAAAAGCAGGAUCCUGACUGUCCAAGAGUUUCUUAACAGCUGUUUCCUCCCAGCAAUGGAUCAUUAGUUGUUGGUUACUAAAUAUACUUAGAUCACUAAGUGGGUCCUAAAUGAAAAAAUGUGCCUCGAUUUAAAGAUAAAAAAAACUCAAACAAAGAAGCUCUUUCUUCUUAUCUAACAGGCUAAUAAUGUACUAUCAGGCAGUGUUUGUGUUAAAUCUGUACGCAGUUAUUACAUAUAUGUUUAA